UCGAGUAGGGUGGAGGAGGAACAUUUGAUUGCGGUAGGCUAUAUUCUGAACUUCUUCAUUGUUUCUGAACGGAGAGCAACAAUGGAACCAGUAAUUACAGUUGUUUUAUUUUAAAUAUAUUGGUUCGGUUGACUGUGUGAACGGUGAGGAUGGAGCAGGCAUCUAGUGCGCCCAGCCCUCAUCUUCCUAAAGCUUCCCCGCAAGAGCCCAUCAGUUUUGGCAUUGAUCAAAUCCUCGCCAGCGGUACCGACACACAGAAAGAUCGGUCUGGUGGACAUUACGGUUCGGAUACAAGCAGCAGAGACGGUUACCAUUUGGGGAUCUCUACCGGAGAGACUUCCGCGUCAUACACUGCGCUAUCAAUUUCCCUUUCUGGUAUUGUUCCACCUUUUGAGGAUUUAGGCUCACACGGAGUAAGUAGAACUCGUGGACGAGGAGUGAUACGAGUCCCUGCGCACAGACCGGUGACAACCGCAGGUACUCCACCGGUGCAGGGCACCGUGCCGGGGUUCGGGGGACUGUGUUUUCCGUGGGCCGGUAAUAGAUUCACUAAGGACAGCAUAUCAGACCUCAUGCCCUUCACUGUGACACGGAGGAUAGGGCACCCGUACCAGAACCGUACGCCACCCAAACGAAAAAAACCUCGGACAUCUUUCUCCCGUGUACAGAUCUGUGAGCUGGAGAAGCGCUUUCACCGACAAAAGUAUCUGGCGAGUGCUGAGCGUGCGUCCAUGGCAAAGCAUCUAAAGAUGACAGACGCCCAGGUCAAAACGUGGUUCCAGAACCGUAGGACCAAGUGGAGGAGACAGACGGCGGAGGAGAGGGAAGCAGAGCGUCAGCAGGCCAAUCGGCUGAUCCUGCAGCUUCAGCACAACGCCCUCCACAAGUCCCUUGGCGAAUCAGCCGCCUCCGACCCGUUGUGCGCCCAUAACUCCUCUCUCUACGCCCUGCAGAACCUGCAGCCCUGGGCGGAAGACAGGGAAUAGAGGAGGGAGAGAAGAAGGAGGAGAGGAAUAGGUUGGAGAGGAGGAGGAGGGAUGGAACAGGAUGGAGAGAAGGUGAAGAGAAACCUUUUAGACGUUGGAGGGAGCGGUUGUUCUUUGGGCUUGUUAUUGCCAAUACAGUGGUUACCAAGCAACCCCGAGUCUGGAAUCGAAUGCUCACAAAAAACUUUCCAUAAUACAUCCAG